CCGCCAGGAUGCGCUGUGCGCGUCUAUAUGCGGACGACCCGGCCCUAUCGUGAGCAGCAGCAGCAGCAGCAGCAGCCGUGGAGCAGAGAAAUCUAGACUGGUUCCUGCAGACGUCUCACAGUAGCACUGUCGGUGGGGUGGAAGGCACUGAGUUCUGAGGACAACUUCAUUGUGCUUUUUCGCCAGCAUGGUCGGGUGAAGAGAUCCGGAGAGCAGGUCCAAGUCCAACCGCAGAAUAAGAGGUGUGCCUCCAUGCAUGCAGCGCGGUAACGUGAAGAAGCCUAUUGUCGACGAUCCGGUGUCGGAUGUGAGCCAUGAAGCGUCUUCCAGUUAAUACUACGGGCUUGUUCUCUGCUGCAGCUGUGUGGGACACAUAACGGUAAAUGGUGUGUUGAGCCGAGCACAGCUGAAGAGUAACGGGAAACGGGGCUCCCGAUUCAGCUGCUUAGGAACCAGCCAGAGUCCGCCUGGAGCCACUCGGACCGAAUCGCGACGCGGAUGUCCUGGCUUUCUCUGAAACGCUCACAUCAGGCUACAGGAGACAAACAGGAUGGCAGUAUGAUGGGAUAGAUUUGAAUAUGGGUAAAUGGACAGGCAUGCAAGUUCCUCUCCUCAGCCUGACUCUCCAACUCUUGUUACUGAUAUCCAAGCCAUCAGCCGGCUACAACCAGAACUCCCAUGAAACUCAGGAUGUGCCCAGUUUCAGCUUCACCCAUUCCGUCUACCAUGCAACAGUUUAUGAAAACUCAGCAGCACGCACCUAUGCCAACAGUAAAAUUAAAAUGGGCAUUCACCUGACCAAAAGGUCCUGGGAAAUUCGCUACAGAAUUACCUCAGGAGACGACGAAGGGCUUUUCAAGGCAGAAGACUACGUGCUGGGGGACUUCUCUUUUUUGCGCAUAAGGACCAAAGGGGGCAAUGCAGCCAUCUUAAACCGGGAGAUUCAAGAUAAUUAUGUAUUGACAGUGAAAGCCUAUGUCAAGGGAGAGUCUCUUCUUGAGGCCUGGACUAAAGUCAGCAUUCAAGUGUUGGACAUGAAUGACCUCCGACCCCUGUUUUCACCCACUACAUACUCUGUGACCAUCGCAGAGAGCACUCCUCUCAGGACUAGCAUAGCGCAAGUUACUGCCACUGAUGCAGAUAUUGGCUCCAAUGGAGAAUUUUACUUUUUUUUCAAGGACAAAAUGGAACUGUUUGCAGUACACCCAACCAGUGGAGUGGUGUAUCUUAGUGGAAAGCUUAACGUUGAUGAACAGGACCGGUACGACUUAGAAAUUAUGGCGGUUGACCGUGGUAUGAAGCUGUAUGGAAACAAUGGAGUUAGCAGCACAGCCAAACUUUUUGUCCACAUAGAGCGUGUGAAUGAGCAUGCUCCAGUUAUGACUGUAGUCACCCACGCCUCCUCUAGGCUGGAGAAGAAUAGUCUGUAUGCCCUUGUUAGUGUUGAAGACUUUGAUGAAGGCUUAAACGGGGAAAUUGAUUCUGUUAGUAUUAUGGAUGGUGAUCCUUCAGGACAGUUUUAUAUAGAAAGACGUGAAGAAGAGGAAUUUGCAAUUAAAUCCACCGAAAUAAUAAACUGGCAAACUUUCCCAUAUGGCUGUAACUUAACCCUGCAGGCUAAAGACAGAGGGACUCCUCCCCAGUUCUCUGCUCCUCAGGUUCUCCACAUAAUGUUUUCAAACCAGCAGACAACAGAAGCAAAUUUUGAGCAAGAGUUCUAUGUUGUUAGUCUCAAUGAAGUUUCACCACCUGGCACAAUUGUGGGGUUUUUUAAGAUCAAACCGGAACCUGAUGACGCAGAGUAUAUUCUGACACCCUCUGCAGAUUCAACUUUUUUUAAAAUUAAUACCUUAACAGGUGUAAUUUCCACUUCUCGCUGGUUGACCCAUGUAUCCAAGGAUAUCUUCAGUCUUGAGGUGUUGGAGGUAGACAGCAAUCUCAGAGCUAAAGUACAGGUAGCCAUUGAAGACGCCAAUGAUAACACGCCUGAAUUUUCCCAGUCCUUCUAUGAGGUUUUUGUAAAUGAAAGUGUACCAGCUGGGACCAGCGUAUUAACGGUUUCUGCAGUCGAUGAAGAUAAAGGUGAAAAUGGAUACAUUACAUACAGUAUUCACUGCCUUCAGCAACUACCCUUCAAAAUUAACCAAUUUUCUGGUGUCAUAAGCACCAACACAGAUCUAGAUUUUGAAGCCUCACCAGAGGUAUUUGUGUUUGUGGUUAGAGCUUCUGACUGGGGUUCACCUUACAGGCGAGAGAGUGAAGUCAAUGUCACGAUCCACCUACAGAAUGUAAAUGACAAUAAGCCAUUGUUUGAGAAGGUAGCAUGCAAGGGUGUGAUUUCUGUAGAUUUUCCAGUAGAUGAAGUAAUUACCACAAUGUCUGCAAUUGACAUAGAUGAGUUAGAGUUAGUAAAAUAUAAGAUCAUUUCAGGAAAUGAGCUGGGGCUCUUUGACCUCAACCCUGAUUCAGGAGUUCUUGCACUGCGUGAUUCCCUUUCAGCACUGAGCCCUAAACAGAGCAUCUUCAGUUUAAAAAUAACUUCCACAGAUGGUGAAAACUUUUCAGAUCCCAUGUUUGUCAACAUUUCAGUUGUACAUGGAAAAUCUCUUUACAAGCAUUUUACAUGUAAAGAAACCAGUGUAGCACAAAGGUUAGCUGAAAAGUUACUUAAAAAAUCCAAAGCUAGCACCAAAUCUAAAACUGAGGAAGGUUUUAUUGACCUGUUUUCUGUUAAUCGACAAACACCCCAGUUCGACAAAGCUUUCCCCACAGAUAUUGCUGUGCAGGAAGACUUAAAGGUUGGCUCCAGUGUUUUCCAGGUGAAUGCAUAUGACGGUGAUACAGGUUUCAAUGGUCAGAUUCUGUACUCUAUUUCAGAUGGAAACACUGACAGUUGUUUUAACAUUGGCUUGCAGACUGGUCUAAUAAGUGUUUUUCUUCCAAUGGACAGAGAAAAGAGAGAUCACUAUAUCCUCAACCUAACCAUUUUUGACCUUGGUCUCCCCCAGAAAGCAACUUGGCGUUUGCUUACUGUUCACAUUGUGGAUGCAAACGAUAAUGCCCCUCAGUUUUUACAAGAAGGAUAUAGAAUAGUAAUUCCUGAAAACACUGCAAUAGGCACAAUUAUUAUCCAGGUCGAGGCCACUGACAAAGAUCUUGGACUCAAUGGUGAGAUAGUUUACUCUCUCUUGACAAGCACCACACAGUUUGGCAUUAACUCCACUAACGGGAUAGUUUAUGUCACUGGCCAACUAGACCGAGAGUUGGUUCCAACCUAUAACUUAAAGAUUAAAGCUCGAGACAGUGCAGCUAAAGGGAGACACAAGUUUUCAGUCACCAUUUUGAAAGUUCUUUUAGAGGACGUGAAUGACUGUCCUCCACUAUUCAUCCCCAGUGUUUACAAAGCCAGAGCUCUUGAGGAUCUUCCUGUAGGAACUGUUAUAGCCUGGAUUGAAACCCAGGACCCAGAUGUGGGAUUGGGAGGUCAGGUGCGGUACUCUCUGGUCAAUGACCACAAUGGAUGGUUUGAAUUAGAUCGGAACAGUGGAGCCAUUCGACUGACGAAGGAACUGGAUUAUGAGGUCCAGCAGUUCUACAACCUCACAGUGAAAGCCAAAGACAAGGGAAAACCUGUGUCUCUUCUGUCUGUCACCUUUGUGGAGUUGGAAGUAAUCGAUGUGAAUGAAAACCUUUACGCUCCUUACUUUUCACACUUUGCCUUGACUGGAAGAAUUGAAGAGAAUGCCCCAAUCGGAACUACUUUACUCCAAGUUAGUGCUCAAGAUGAUGAUGUUGGUAGAGAUGGAGAGAUCCAGUAUUCCAUUCGGGAUGGGAGCGGGCUGGGAAGAUUUGCCAUCGAUGAGGAAACGGGAAUGAUCUACACCACAGACACAUUAGAUCGGGAAACCAAGGACUCUUAUUGGCUGACGGUUUAUGCCAGUGACCGUGGCGUUGUCCCCCAGUUCAGCACAACUGAGGUGUUCGUUGAAGUGGACGAUGUCAAUGACAAUGCCCCACUGACCUCUGAACCUUUGCUUCGGUGCUCAGUACCAGAGAAUUCUCCCCGAGACGUUUCUGUAAUUCAAAUCCACGCUCAGGAUCCUGAUGUCUCCCCACCUUCUACUGCUGAUUGGCUGAGCUAUCGGAUUGUUAGUGGAAACCCACAAAACUUCUUUACUAUCAACUCUCGUACUGGACUGAUCACUACAACCUCUCGGAAAAUGGAUCGUGAACAACAACAGGAGCACGCGCUAGAGGUGCUGAUUUCAGACAGCAGUCCAAGUCCCAAGAGCAGUACACUGUGGGUUAUGGUUUCAGUCCUAGAUGAAAAUGACAACCGACCAACUUUUCAUGAUAAGGUCUACCAAGUCAGACUUCCGGAGAGAGAACGACGAAAGAAGGCUGAGCCCAUCUACCGGGUGUUUGCCUAUGACCAGGACGACGGGCCCAACAGUGACCUCUCAUACAGCCUUGUGGAUGGAAAUGAGGAUGGAAAAUUUUUCAUAGACCCCAAAACAGCUGUGGUGUCUUCUCGCAAGGCCUUCGCUGCAGGAAGCUACGACAUCUUGACUAUUAAAGCAUCAGACAAUGGCCGUCCCCAGAAGUCUUCAACGGCUCGUCUGCAUAUUGAGUGGAUUCGACGACCACCUCCUUCAUCUCCACCGUUGCUCUUUGACGAGCCGUUCUAUAAUUUUACCGUCACAGAGAAUGACAAGGUGGCAGAGAUUGUGGGUGUGGUGUCUCUACAACAGAACCCAGUUCCAGUUUGGUUUGAUAUCACAGGUGCCAGGCCUAUUCGUGAGAUGUUCUAUAUCUUGCAGAGCGCUUGUUUCAAGAACUGUUCCUCAGAAGGUGGGAACAGCGACAGUGUGUUCGACGUGGAGAGGACAGCAGCUACCAUCAUCAUCGCAAAGCCCCUGGAUGCUGAGCAGCGUUCCUUCUACAACCUGACAGUGCUGGCCACAGAUGGCACCAGCACUGCAUAUGUACAGGUUUACGUUACUGUUCUAGACAGUAAUGAUAAUGAUCCCGUCUUCUCACAACGAGUCUACGAGGUCAUUAUUUCGGAGGAUACACCACCCAACACUGAAGUGGUCCAGAUGCUGGCAUCAGACCGUGACGAGCAUCACCAGCUCACCUAUUCUCUCCACAGCUCCAUAGACUCUAGAAGCAUGCGUCUGUUCCACAUCCACCCCACGCUGGGAACAGUCUACACUGCUCAGAGGCUGGACCACGAGGCCUGUGCCCAGCACAUUUUGACUGUCAUUGUCAAGGACCAAGAGUUUCCAUACAGAAAAAAUAUUGCUCGUGUUCUGAUAGAGGUGGAAGAUACAAAUGAUCAUGCUCCCUUUUUUACCAGUGCACUCUACGAAGGCUUAGUUUAUGAAUCAGCCGCAGUGGGAUCAGCUGUAGUUCAGGUCACCGCUCUGGACAAAGACAAAGGCAAGAAUGCUGAAUUGCACUACUCCAUUGAAGCAGGAAACACUGGGAAUGCAUUCAACAUUGAGCCAGUUCUUGGUAUGCUUCGUGUUGCACGUCAUUUGGACUUAUCAAGCAUCGGACAUUAUGUCCUUAGUGUCAGAGUCACUGACAACGGCACCCCUGCCCUAUCUGCUACCACAAUAGUGCGGAUUACCGUCACUCUCUCCGACAAUUCUGGUCCAAGAUUCCUUCAACCUGAAUAUCAGACCGAGAUCAGAGAGAAUGUCAUUAUCGGGACCUCUGUCACCACAAUCAGUGCUGUCAGCCAGUCGACCCUCACUUUUGAUAUCAAGCAGGGAAACAUACAACAAGUUUUUCAGAUUAAUCAAUAUAGUGGAGUCAUUACAACUCAAAAACCUCUUGACUAUGAAAAUAUAGCUUCUUAUAACCUUGUAGUGCAAGCUACCAACAUGGCUGGGAUGGCCUCUAAUGCUAGCUUGUUAAUUCAGAUAUUGGACGAGAAUGACAACCCACCUGUGUUCCAACAGCAUCACUAUGACGGCAGCAUUUGUGAGCUAGCACCAGUCAACAGUGUGGUCUUGAAUUCAGAAAACCUCCCUCUAGUAAUCAAAGCUUCUGAUGCUGACUCCAACCAAAAUGCUCUGUUGGUCUAUCAGAUUGUUGAGGAGACUGCAAAGACGUUCUUCACUGUGGACUCAGUAACUGGCUCCAUUAGAACCAUUGCUAAUCUUGAUCAUGAGACAUUUUCAGCUUUCCACUUCCAUGUUAAUGUGAGGGACAAUGGUAAGCCACAACUUAUAGCAGAUAGUCCAACUGAGGUGACUAUACAAGUGAUGGACUCAAAUGAUUCACCUCCUCUCUUCAAACAGAAUACUUAUGAAACUGUUCUUCUACUUCCCACCUACAUUGGAGUCGAGGUCCUGCAGGUAUCAGCUAUAGACCCCGAUACUGAUAUUCCUACAGAUCUUACAUAUUCUUUGGCUGAAGGAGUGUUGGAGAAUUUUUCCAUCAAAUCCUCCAGUGGGAUUAUUGUCGUCAAAAACAGCAACUUCUCCAAAGAACAUUUUCGCCUAAGUGUCAGAGUUUCAGAUGGAAAAUUUUCCACCACUGCCUUGGUGACAAUAAUUGUUAAAGAGGCUCUGGACUCAGGUCUGAGUUUUUCCCAGAAGGUUUACGUCUCAUCUAUUAAAGAGAAUGUGUCAAAUAUCUCCGUAGUGGCUGUGGUCAGUGCUGUAGGAAACCGCCUCAACGAGCCAUUGCUGCACACUCUCCUGAAUGCUGCCACAAUGUUUACCAUUCGUCCAACAUCUGGUGUUAUCCAGACCACAGGAAUACCCUUUGAUCGAGAAGAACAGGACUUCUAUGAACUGAUUGUGGAAGCAAGACGGGAGCAUGAUCAUCAGCAUGUGGCCAGAGUUCUUGUUAAAGUCCAUAUAGAAGAUAUAAAUGAUAACGCCCCUGUGUUUGUUGGACUUCCAUAUUAUGCAGCUGUUCAAGUAGAAGCUGAGUCAGGUUUAUCCAUUUUCAGAGUCUCUGCAGUGGAUAGUGACAAAGGUAUUAAUGGAGAGGUGACAUACUUUCUCAAGGAUGAUCAUGGCCACUUUAUGAUUGACCAACAGACAGGCAUCAUUAGGCUCAAAAGGACUUUUGAGUCAGAUUUGUCCAAUGUGGAGUACCAAAUAGAGAUACACGCCAAAGAUUGUGGUGACCCUCCCCUGUCAUCUACCAUUAGUUUUCCCAUCACUGUUGUUAACAAAGCCAUGCCUGUCUUUGACAAAUCCUUCUACUCUGUUUCUGUGAAUGAAGAUGUGGAUGUUCACACACCGAUUCUCGGCAUCAAUGCAACCAGUCCUGAUGGACAAAACAUAAUCUACACUAUUGUCGAUGGAGAUGUGUCUUUUCAGUUUGGUAUUGGAUUUGAUACCGGAGUUAUAAGUGUAAUUAAUUCAUUGGACUAUGAAGAAACGCCAUAUUAUCGCCUGACCAUCAGAGCUACAAACUACCUGACUGGCUCCCAUGCAGAAGUUGAUGUAGAUGUUCUGGUCCAAGAUAUAAAUGAUAACCCACCUGUCUUUAAAGAGAUGUCCUACAGGAUCGUUUUGUCUGAAACUGUCAUGAUCGGAACUCCAGCCCUUCAAGUUAUUGCCACAGACAUGGACUCUGAGAAGAACAAUGUUGUUGGCUAUCAGAUAUUCUCAAAAGAGCAUAACAGCACAGAAUAUUUUCACAUUGAUAGUAGCAGUGGAUUAAUUCUUACAGCACGAAUCCUAGACCAUGAACUAGUCCCAGAGUAUGACUUCAUUGUCAGGGCCACUGAUAAUGGUUUUCCACCACUAAGCACUGAAGUGUCAGUGACUGUUCUUCUAAAAGACAUGAAUGACAAUCCUCCAGUUUUCAACCAGCUUCUCUAUGAGGCAUAUGUGAGUGAGUUAGCACCAAAGGGACACUUUAUAACCUGUGUUCAGGCCUCGGAUGCUGAUAGUUCAGAUUUUGACAAGUUGGUGUAUAGUAUUUUGUCAGGAAAUGAAAGAAUGGAUUUUGUGAUGGAAAGAAAAACGGGAAUCAUCAUGUUGUCGAGCCACCUUAAGCAAAGAAUGGAGCCUACUUACAACCUCAACGUUUCAGUGUCUGACGGAGUUUUUACCAGCACAGCUCAGGUUCACGUUAAAGUGUUUGGGGCCAACCUGCAUGAUCCAGUGUUUGAACAGAAGAUGUUUGAGGCUGAGUUAAGAGAAAAUUCUCCUGUGGGAACCAAUGUAAUUCAGGUGAGGGCAACGGAUGCAGACCCUGGAGUUUAUGGCCACAUAACUUAUUCAUUUGUUAACGAUGUGGGUAACGACCUAUUUAGCAUUGAUGCUAAUGGUCAGAUAAGCACAAUAGAAAAGCUUGACCGUGAAGACCCUUCCAACAUGGACAUUGUUCUUACAGUGGCAGCUCAGGAUUCAGGGGGUCGUGUUUCCUAUUGCACAAUCCAUCUUACUAUCUUAGAUGAAAAUGAUAAUGCACCCCGCUUUAGUGCUACAGAGUACAGAGCCUCGCUCAAAUUUGAUGUAGCCAAGGGGUUCUUCAUCACACAGAUUCAGGCGCUUGAUCCUGACUAUGGCACUAAUGCCAAAGUAACAUUUUCACUAUACAGUGAGGCACGGAUCCCUGUGGCAGACAUUUUGGACAUAGACACAGACAGUGGUUGGCUGGUUACCAAAGGCAGCUUCAGCCACUUGAGAAACUCAGUAUUAUCAUUUUUUGUGAAGGCUGUAGAUGGAGGAAAUCCAGUUCGGCACUCUUUAGUCCCUGUCUACAUUCAUGUUCUGUCUCCGGAGGCGUUCUUUCCUGACUUCAUGCAGCACCAUUACUCAUUCAGCAUACUAGAGAACACACCAGUAGGUUCCGUCAUUGGGAGGGUUCACCUCAAGAGUCCUCCUGGAUAUAACCCACAUUCAGUUAGCUUUACCAUUGUCAAUGGAGAAAGUAGUGAAAAUAAUCUAGAUGGAGUAUUUUUAGUAGAGAAAAAUACAGGAGUGAUUAAACUUGAUAAGUCCUUGGAUCAUGAGGUGAUGAAAGGAUUCAGCUUUAAAAUAACUGCCACUGGACACCAGAGUAAGUUGGAUGCUGUGACGUCUGUUGAUGUCGAGGUCAAAGUUUUAGAUCUAAAUGACAACAAACCAGCCUUUGAGACCAACUCUUAUGUGACGACUGUUAUGGAAGGAAUGACAAUUGGAACCAGAGUCAUACAGGUCAAAGCUCAUGACCCAGACUCAGGGGCUAAUGGCCAAGUAACAUACAGGCUUGGGACAUUAAUCCAGGCAGAGGAAAACUCCGAUGCAUUGGUGCGGACGUUUAGCAUCGACAGUAAUACUGGCUGGAUUGUCUUAUGCAAAGAGCUCGACCAUGAGUCCAAUCCGUCCUACAUAUUCACAGUGGUAGCGUCAGACCUGGGAGAAACCCUGUCUUUUUCCAGUACCAGCACAGUGACAGUGGCAGUGACAGACGUCAAUGACAACCCCCCCAUAUUCAUGGAGAACCAUUACUUCAGUUCAGUCCAGGAGAGUGGCCCUCCAGGCGAGGUGGUGGCUGUUCUGAACACAAAGGACAACGACAGCUCUGCUGUUAACCGGCAUGUCAGCUAUGUCAUAACUGGUGGGAAUUACCGAGGUGUAUUUGCACUCGGCCUGGUUCAGGGUGAAUGGAAGAUGUAUGUGAAAGGACCACUGGACAGAGAGGAACGCAACCUCUACAUCAUCAAUGUCACCGCUAGUGAUGGACUCUUCGUUUCCCACACAAUUGUGGAGGUGACAGUGAUGGACACCAAUGACAACAACCCCAUUUGUGACCAGGUGGUAUAUACAGCCAGCAUCCCAGAGGACCUCCCACUCAGCAGUGUUUUGCUGAGGGUUGGAGCUACAGAUGCUGAUGCAGGCAGCAACGCUCGGCUCAAGUACUCCCUGCAUGGUCCUGGAUCCCAGGACUUCAUCGUGGAUCCAGACACUGGUGAAAUCAAGUCAUCAGUCACUCUUGAUCGUGAGACCAAUCCGAACUACAGAUUAACUGCCGAGGCGACUGAUGGUGGAGGGCGGUGGUGUCGGGCUGAAGUGCAGCUGGUGGUGACAGAUGUGAAUGACAACCCACCGCUUUUUACACUGUCACAGUAUUAUGUCAGUGUGUAUGAAGACACUCCAGUAAAGGCUCUGCUCACCCGCAUCCACGCCGUAGACCCAGAUGAAGGUCCGGGUCGCAUGGUGGUCUACUCCUUGGCUGACUCUGCUGGAGGUUUUUUCUCCAUCGAUGAGUUCACUGGCAUAGUAGUCCUGGAGCACAUUCUCGACCGGGAAGUCCAGCCGACUCAUCAGAUAACCGUGCGUGCGUCCGAUCAGGGUUCGCCGCGGUCUCUCUUCUCGCUGGUCAACAUCACAAUCACUGUUCUGGACAUCAAUGACAACCCGCCUGUUUUUGAGCGCCGCGACCUGCUGGCAACCGUUCCAGAGGAUGUGGGAGUCGGUACUGAGGUUCUGAGAGUGCACGCCGCUAGCAAAGACAUCGGGACAAAUGCUGAGAUCUCCUACAGCAUCAGAUCAGGCAACGAACACAGGAGGUUCUACAUUCAUCCCCUGACUGGUGCCAUUUUAGUCGCCCUCCCUUUAGACUAUGAUACCUGCAAGGACUACUUUCUGACCGUGGAGGCUCGUGAUGGUGGCACUCCUCCUUUGAGUGCCAUUACUACAUUGAACAUCAACCUAACAGAUGUAAACGACAAUGCUCCAGUCUUCAGCCAUGCCCUUUACACUGCUGUGGUGCCAGAAGAUUCCACAGUUGGACAUUUUGUAGUACAGCUGGUAGCAGAAGAUGCUGACAGCGGUCUGAAUGGAGCCGUCUUCUACUCCAUCUUCAGUGGAGACCAGGACAACGAGUUCUUCAUUGACCCGACAAGUGGGAUCAUAAAGGUCAACAAGCCGCUGGACCGUGAGACAGUCCCCAGCUACUCACUGGCUGUCAGAGCGCUCGAUACUGGAACCCCGCCGAUGUCAUCCACCGCCGUGGUCAGCAUAGAGAUCUCUGACAUCAACGACAACCCACCCACCUUCUUCCCAGCAAACCUUACUGCUGUCAUACAGGAAAACAAGCCCAUCGGCACCAGAAUCCUGCAGCUGUCUGUCAUCGAUCAGGACGCCCCUCAUAACGGCCCGCCGUUUUCCUUCAGCAUCCUGUCUGGAAACAAUGGCAGGGAGUUUGAGCUGGAGACAGAUGGCACACUGGUGGCAAAUCAAGUCCUCAGAAGGGACAUCGCCAAGGAUUAUGUUCUUCAGAUCCAGGUGUCAGACUCUGGGAAGCCGACUUUGUCCUCCUCCUCCAAUCUCACUGUUCGAGUGAUUGAAGAGAGCCUUCAUCGGCCGGUGGCCUUCCCACUGGAGAUUCAUAUCAUCACAAUGGAGGACGAGUUUCCCGGCGGUGUAAUUGGGCAGCUCCAUGCCACUGAUGCCGACCCUUACGAUGCGCUGACCUUCGGACACGCCGCCCCCUCCCAGCGCAGCCUAUUCAAGAUCAGCCCCCAUGACGGGAAGAUCAUUGCUCUCAGUGGGUUGGAUGCCGGCGAAUACUUUCUCAACGCCAGCGUUAGCGAUGGCCGCUUUAACGUGCCGGUCCCUGUGCGCGUCCACGUGGAGCAAGCGACGCUGGAGAUGCUGCGCGACGCUGUGACCGUGCGCUUCGAAAGCGUAGCGCCGCAAGAUUUUGUAGCGUCGUACCUGAAGAGCCUGUUGAAGGUGAUGCAGCAGGCGGCCACGUCCCAACAGCACGACACGCUGCACCUGCUCAGCCUGCAGCCCGUCGGAGGCACACAGCAGCUAGACCUGCUCGUGUCCGUGGCAACAGCAGGAGGGGGUUACUACAAGGCGGCCUACCUCACCCAGAAACUCAGCACGUCGCGGCGAAAACUGGAGGACGUGCUCAGAGUGUCAGCCAUCCUGGACAAGAACUGCUCUGGGUUGGAGUGUCGCGGAGCGCAGUGUGAACAGAGCAUCACUCUGGAUUCACACAACUUGGCCACAUACAGCACUCCUCGAGCCAGCUUUGUUUCCCCUCGCUUCCACCGGACCUCACGCUGUACAUGCCAUGAUGCCAGUUGUGCGGUUCUGUUAGAGCAAUGUGAGGAACAGCUGUGUCCACCAGACAUGCAGUGUGUUUCAGUGGAGGCCACCAGAGGGCGCUAUGCGUGCCAGUGUCCGCGAGGCAAACUGGGAGAGUGUGCGGGUCAUUCGUCUCUGAGCUUCUCAGGCAACAGCUACAUCAAAUACAGACUGUCCAACCAGCUGCAGACGGAGCUGAAGCUCACCCUGAGGAUCAGGACGCUGCAGAGCCGAGGAAUCAUCAUGUAUAUGCACAAUGAGCGGUGCAUUAUUCUCAAGCUGGAGGAAGGGAAGCUGUGGUUCCAGUUGUCCUGUGAGCCUCUCCCAAGCCGAGGCGCUGAUGGUCCUGACAUGUUGGGACCUGCUGGACGUCGCAUCAAUGAUGGCAACUGGCACACUGUGGCACUGGAACUGAAUCGCAAUUUCAGUAGCCUGGCACUAGACGACAGCUACAUUGAGCAACGGCAUCCCCCUUCAUUAAUACAAACAUUACCUCCAGAUCGGACGUUCUACUUUGGAGCUCUGGUGCAGCCCCCAAACUCGCGUAACCUUGUGGUCUCCCAAAAAGAGCCCAGAGUGUUCGAGGGAUUCCAAGGUUGUCUUGACUCAGUCAUGCUGAAUAAUAAAGAGCUGCCUCUGCAGAACAAACGCUCGCAGUAUGCAGAGGUAGUGGAACUAACGGAGCUGAAGCUCGGCUGCAUUCUCUACCCUGAUGCCUGCCAUCAUCAACCCUGUCGCAAUGGCGCUACCUGUACCAGUCUGCCCUCUGGUGGUUUUACAUGUAAUUGUAAUCCCCAGUACACCGGAGGUAACUGUGAAAUGGAGGUAACGGUGUGUGUUCCCAACCCGUGCCAGAACAGCGGUGUGUGUAAACCCAUCGGUAACGCCUUCCUCUGCAGCUGCAGGAGAGGCUUCAGGGGCCUCAUGUGUGAGGAAGACGUGAAUGAAUGUGACCGAAACAACCCUGAGGGUGAAUGUGAGAACGGAGGCACCUGCAUCAACACUCCCGGCUCUUUCUACUGUAACUGCACGCCUGGCUUUGUGGGCCAGCGCUGCACUCUGCGACCCGUUGUCGUCCCAGACAUGCAGGCCGGUCAUGCUGUGGUUGGCAAGGAGGAGCUGAUCGGCAUUACCGGAGUGCUUUUCGUCAUCAUCGUCCUCAUCGUCCUCUUUAUUGCUUUCCGCAAGAAGGUUUUUAAUAAGAACUACUCAAGGAACAAUCUGUCUCUGGUCCAGGACCCAGCCACUGCAGCACUUCUCAACAAGGCCAACUGUGUUCCAUUAAAGACUUUACACUGCAGCCCUGGAGACCACCAGAACCUGUAUUCAGAGUCAGGUAUACAGCCCACCUUGAUGGGAGGAGUUGGCAUAAUUGGACCGCCACAGGUGCCGGUGAGACCCAUGGCAUACACACCUUGUUUCCAAGGAGACCCACUCUCGAAGCUGGAGAAGCUGUCAGAGAAACACACCCUGGAUCACACAGAGAUGAGCACCUUUCACCCAGAAUCACCAAGAAUUCUCCCUGGAACCAUAAGGAGGGGGGUGGUGGUGUGCAGCGUGGCCCCCAACCUGCCCCCCGUCUCACCUUGCCGCUCGGAAUGUGACUCCAUACGGAAGAGCCCGCUGGCCAGCGACGAUGAUAAAGUGGUCAACAUAGCAGAGGGCGACACGUGUUUCUCAGGCAGCAACUCAGAGGCCCAGUCCCUGAGUUCAUUCCAGUCUGACUCCUGUGAGGAUAACGCCUCCAUUGUGACUGUCAUUCGACUGGUCAACGAUGCAGUUGACACAAUCGAAAGUGAAGUGUCAGUUAUGGACCGUGGUGAAACCUACAAUAGAGCUUACCACUGGGACACAUCUGACUGGAUGCCCAGCACCAGGCUGUCCGACACUGAGGAAGUGCAGACCUUCAGGUCACCAUCGGACAGCGACACGGUUGGCUUGGACUCUUCUCUGGGUGGCCCGACUCAUGAGUUGGAGUCUGAUUACUACCUGGGAGGUUAUGAUGUGGAUAGUGACUACCCACUUCCACACGAGGAAGAGUUCCUGAGCCAAGAGCAGCUCCCACCUCCGCUGCCGGGCGGCGAGGACUGCCCUGAAUCCUGCACACCACUGCUGUCCAAUGUGCCCGUUUCCAAAGAGGCCGUCCAGAACCCAGGCAGCAUAAGACAUCCGGACUGCAGGCCUCACUUCCACCCCAGCCAGUAUCUGCCCUCUCACCAGCUACCCACCGGGAAUGUUCACCACAGGGACACCACUACACCAGUGGAUCAGGCAUCUCCAGUAAACGGGGACGUUGCUGUCUCCUUAAAUAUGCACCUAUCAGUUGGUACAGAAUCAACGUGUCAUUUGUCGACAACCUGUGUGCUGGACUCCGAACAUGGCAGCAGCUGUGAGGGCCUGAGCGAGGUUCGCCGAGGGGUGACCAUUAUCACUGACUCACAACAGCAGACUGAAGUGUGAUUAUGUUACUAACAGUGUGUGGAAAAGCCCCGAAAGAAAAGUGCAGUGCUACUGAGAUAAAAGAUGUUGAAGGAAGUCAGGCUUCAGUAAUGCAGAACACGGUUGACUUUAAAAACACAAGGCACAAUUACAGAUUACUGUCCUUCUGUCCAGUCGGACUCAGAAAUGGACGUCUGUGUUGGGGAACAAAGAUGUUUGUGUUCUGAUUCUGAAACAUCUGUCUAUGCCUGUAUUUUUGUUUUCAUCUGUUUCUUGAGAAGUAAAAUUUUUUUUUGUUUGUGAUGAGGCAAUCUUAAACAUGCCACUAAAGCUACUGACCUGAUUGGGGUUUGUUUCCUCUGCAGCUUGUUGGAAAGCACAGCAGCGACGUGUGAUUUCAGGAAGAAAACGGCUUGUGGUCAUAAGACUUAAA